CCGUUUCUUCGCUCCCCCAUCUCAUUUCACGAAGGUUGGCCCAAACUAGCAUAGAUUCACAAACCCUCGCCUCUUCCGUCUCAUUGGUCGGCAUGUGGACCAUGAGCUCUACUCCCGCGGGGGAGGAGCCGGGGAGGCGAUUGGCUGUUCUCGCUCCGCCCCCUUUUCCCAGGCUAGUUCCUCGCCUUCUGCGGGCGCCUGCGCAGUGGGCUUGGAGUGGGGGGAGCGGGAAGUGCGGCGGCUUAGCGGAGCCAAUGUCUACCCUGAGGAGAUCAGGCUAUGGCCCCAGCGAUGGCCCGGGCUACAGCCGCUAUUACGGAGCUGGGCCCGGACCCGGACCCGGACCCAACAUCGGAGACGUGCCAGCGUCCGGGCCUCCCGCCUCCUCGCGGCCCGAGCCGCCUCCCCCUCCGCCUCCUGGGCCCUGGAGGAUGCGCGGAGGCGGCCCGGCGGAGGCUGUGUGGCCCGGAGAAGGCAGCGGCGCUUGCGGUGCCUGCGGAGGUGGCGGGGGCUACUACGCCGGCGGAGCCGCUUGGGCAGACCCGUGCCGGGCCGGAGGCCAUCAGGAGUCGCAUUAUCCUAGCUAUGGAUCCAGUUACUGGAAUUCUGCUGCCCCAACCAGGACUCCAUAUCCUAGCACAUAUCCUGGAAGACAGGAUUUGCAAGGCCAGGGAAUGGAUUCAUACACAAAUGGAGCUUAUGGUCCGCCAUAUCCCACAGGCCCUGGCGCAACUGCAUCCUCAUAUUCUGGGACUUACUAUUCUUCUGGACAUCCUCCAGCUCCUUAUCCUACGGAUGUUCCAAGCACUUACCAUUCCCCUGGCAACAGCCCAACCCCUGUUUCUCGUUGGACUUAUCCCCAGCAAGACUGUCAGACCGAAGGACCUCCUCUGAGGGGGCAUGUUCCAGGAUAUCCUAUGUCACAGAGUCCAGGAAUGGCCCAUCCCCACUACUCAUAUGGGGAUGGAAAUCCUAAUGUCCCACCACCAGCACCACCACCCCUCCGAACACAAGAGCAGGUAUGGACCUCCUCUGGGGUUUAUGGAAUGACAACACGCUACUCUUGGCCUUCUUCAGCUCCACCCUCAGCACAAUCUGGGAAUUAUUUUAUGUCAGGAUCCACAUCGUCAUGGUCCAGCAGUGCAUCUUCUCAGCCACCUCCUUCACCCCCACCACCUCCACCGCCCCCUCCCAACCAGGAUUCCAAGGAUCCCUCAUACCCUCACAGCCAGCCAGAGCAAGGAGUGAGUCGGAACAACUUUUCCAGCGAUGUCCAUCAGUACGAAUCCUCCUCGGAGACUAUGAACAACAGUAGUCCGGACCUUUUCAGUUCCAAAGUUCAGUAUAGUGCCCAACCCCAGAUGUACGGUAACUCAGCCAGGAGAAUUCCCAACAGUCAAGAUCUGGCUUACAAAAUGCCUGAUGAUCAUUCAUCUUCAGACGAAGGUCAACCACCAGGUAUUAAAAAAAUCACACAAGUGCUAGAGAAAGUCCAAUAUCUUGAACAAGAAGUAGACAAGUUUGUAGGGAAAAAGACAGACAAGUCAUACUGGCUUCUAGAAGAAAUGCUAACCAAGGAGCUUUUGGAACUGGAUUCAGUUGAAACUGGUGGCCAGGACACUAUUCGACAGGCAAGAAAAGAGGCUGUUUACAAGAUCCAGGCCAUACUGGAAAAACUGGAAGAAGAAGCAUUAUGAGAUGGAUGUGCAACUAGUACAAGCCUGUUACUAACUUGACCAAAGAUCUCUUGAUUUUGGUUAAUUCUUGUCCCUUUGAAACUGCUGUUGAUGAUAAGAAGCAAUAAAUGCUGACUUUUCCUUCAUUUAAAAAUAUUAAAAAAAAAAGUGGCAAAAGACUUGGAAGGACAUUUUGGUUCCGAAUUGUUUUCAGUUUGUUGUUUCAGACCAAUGAAUGUACUAGGAAACUCUGGAACCAUCAGCUUUACCAAGUCAACCACUAGUUCUGAAGGCAUCUAAGGAUGUCUACAGGCUUCUUUUCAGCAGAAGGGAAAUUCACUUUAUGUAACAGGCUUAUCAGAACCAGGCCAGCGAAGCUGGAUAUAAUCUGAAACAAACAGGCACUGUUUUUAAAGAGCUGGAGUACUUGUCUAAUUUUGUAUGUUGUGAAGGCUUUAUAACACGCACUCCAUGUGUAAAUUAUAGUUUGGACUUGAGCCUCCUUGGGCCUGUCUUGUGUUGCUAUUUAUAGCUCCAUAAAUCUGGUCAUGCAGAUUGAAAUGUAUCAUUCUCUAUUUGGUGCACUCUGUAGUCAUAUGUUUAAAGUGACCAUACAAGAGACCACAUUGAUAGCCUGUCAGUGUGACAUCUCUGAAUAUUAGUUAAUAUUUUUCCAGCUCUUGGAAAUAUUGCAAUGUUUAGUGAUAUUCUUGAUUGUGAAUUGUUGUUUCCCUCUUCCCCUUAUGUGCAAAUCAUCAUUAGGUUGGAAUUUUUGCCCAUGAAAUGUAGUGUAGUGGAAGCAGAAUUUGGAUAUGGCAAUAUUAACUUAGGAGCGAAUGUGUUCACAAACAUUUUUAUUUUUUACAUCUGAAUGAGAUUUGGGUGAAGAUCUACUUUAAAAUUACCUUUUUCACACAGUGUAAUUUUGUUUUCCACUACAACAUAUACAUUUGCUGCUUCUGUAUAGAGAACUAUGACCACAGGUGAGACAAGAAACAUCACAGUGACUAAAUAUAGUGACUGCAAGAAAUAAUAAACUCGAUUAAAACAUGA